CUGUUGGUGACCUAUCUCAGUUUUCUCAGACUGGCGAGUACCAUGUCACAAAGCAUGGAUUUGAUAGUGACCUAUUUACAAAGGAGACACGAAGUCAGUGUAUCCGGGACCAGUAUGCCCAGGCUGAAGUUUCCCCUUCACAUGCUUUACGAGGCGCAGACAUAUACAGGAAAGAUGGGCUCUGCAGCUCACGACUUUUCAGGCUUUGGCCAGUACUGCUUCGGGAACCAAAAGUCAAAACACCUGACCUCAACCUACCUCGAAAGACCCAGUCUGUAUUCACAUUUGAGAAGCGUUAUAAGAAGUUACAGCAGCGCCCUAAGACCAUACAUGUGACAGAUGAACAGUACUUUACAAAGGAAGAGGUGGCACGUGAAGCUGAGGCAAUGUCAGAAAGUCUGUCCCAGUCAACUUCAGCCAGUCUCAUAUCCAUAGAUACUUCAGGUCAAGGAUUUGAGAGGAUGGAGUCACUGCGUGGUUCACAACGAAGCAUUGCUAAUAAAGAUAAGGAUGCAAAGAAAAAGAAACGGAGGCGCACCGUAUCAGGGGUGUCCGACAAUAUUAUGCAUGAAAUUGAGGCGUUUGAGAAGAAAAAGAAAAAUGGCUACAGAGAACAGCCUCGUGAUUACAGUUUUGAUGACAUUGACAUAGAUGGUAAUACAAUUCACCGAGAUGAGGAAAUGGCAAAAUAUCUUGAUGAAAUUGAUGCCAAGAUGGAGGAAAGGAAAGAGUUUGAACAUGCUUUCAGGAAGCCUAAAAUUUUAAAGUUGUUGCCUUGUCGACGUUCAAGAUCCCUGCCAAGGUGUCUUAAGUUACAUUCUAUGAAAGCAAUUUCAUAUGACAGACAAUCUGUAGGAACAGACCACUCCAGUCGGUACGAGGGAGACUCUGUCAGUCUGGCCAGUGUUGGAUCAGGAUCAAGCCGUCUAUCCAGAUCAACAAAGCGAUCAAGUAUUAUCAGCAACAAGAUAAAAUCAUUGGUCAAUGGAAGUAACAUUGGCAACAAGUUACGACCGCGACCCAAAUCUCUUGACCUUGAUGCAAUUGACUUUGGUGAUGAAACAAUGGCAUCCUCAUUGGCUAAUUCCAAAAUGCCUAGCAUGCCAGAUGGAAUUCUUAGUCAGGCAGCAAGAGACAGCUCUAAGGUAGGGCCAGGAUCAUAUUAUAACUUUGAAAGUGAAAGUAAUACAUUACCAAGACGGCAACCAAAAAGAGUUGAACGUGAAUUCACCUGGAACGCGAUGCCUAAGGAUUGGACGACGUCUGUGAAGCUGAGAGAGAUAUCUAAGAGAAGAUCUAAGGAGGACAGACAGUCAUCAUCAGGUAACUGGAGUGGUAGCAGCAGUAACCGUCAUUCUUUAGAUUCAGACAUGAAGAUCGAGAGCAUGCCGUCCACGUCCCAGUGUUCCCUUGGGCAGGACUCUGGUCGUGACUCACCCACCUUAGAGGAAAGAUCCCGAUGUGACACUGACACCACUGGUGGGUAUGCAGGAGAUGGAGCUAGUACAGUUAGUGACAAGAGCUACCUGAAGGACCAGAAAGGAGAAACAGACAAGUGGUUGCAGAGUCUGGCAAAGAGGGCAGCCAGUCGUGAGGAAACAUCAUCCAGUAGUGCCGAAACUCUCAAUUCUUUGACCAGGUUAACGAAACAGAAUAUCAUGGCACUUGAUCUCAUGAUGUCACCAUCUAAACGGAAACCAGCAGCAUUUUUUCUGGAUGAUGAUGAGUCAGUGUAUUCUGUUGAUCAGGAAGGAUUUUACACUUCUUUCCACAAUGACAGUGGACUGAGGCGAAGUUGUGGGACACUUGUGGAUGAGGAAUUGUCAUCCCCAACACGAGACACACAAAGUGUCACUAGCUUUGAGAGUGUAAUCAACACAUCAGACAGUGAUAAGUAUGCUGGAUUAAAACGUGGGGCCUCCCAAAAUGGUAGCAAAGUGCUGAGCAAAGUUAAUCCUCCUGCCCCACCUCCAAGGACAAGCUCAUGUCCUCGUCUGAGCUCCAGUGCUGAAGACAAUCCUCAACAGUCACCGGAUAUUAUUUCUAGACAAGAUUCGUCCUCAAUGUCUGAGUCAGACCAAGAGAGCAUCUACAUGCGUCUUAAAUCUAAGACACAAAUAUCCUCAAGUGGAAUCCCAUCCAUUUGCCCCUUGUCCAGUGAUGAAGAAGGGGCUUUCAAAAGGCAGUCUGGAGGAUCAGUGGAAAGUGAUGAUAAAUUCAGCAUAGGUACUGGUCAGGCACAGAUUGUAGACAUGAAUCAAAAUCUAAGUAAAGUGACAGAGCUAACAAGUGAUUCUUCAAUAUUCUCUGUUUCAUCAUUUGACAGCAGUAGUAAAUUUGAUGCAACUUUUAAUUACACUGAUGAUACAUUACUAGACCAAAGUGAAAUAGAAAUUGAGAGUCAAACUCUCCCAAGAGUACACCAUUCAGGGAAGGAGGAGGAUAGUUUUGACUACACAAAGUCAUGGCCAAGAUCUCACAAGAAAAAUGACAAUUCCCAAACACCUGUGUCUGGUAUACUUAAAAACAGUGACCGCUCUCUCAGUGGCCCGAAGCCAAACAAAUCCUUGAAUUUCUCACCUGUGAUCAACAUGUUUAACCCUGGUACCCCGCAAGCUGUCCAGAUGCCACUCCCCUGCUCCCCUGCAUCUUCUGAGGAGGGAAACAGAAAGCUGAAUAAGCAGAACUCUCCAAUUUCACCAGAUUCUGCAACAUAUAAAUUGGCAGUUCCAAUUACACCUGAGAAAUGUGAAAAUAAAGCUGGUUUACCAAUGAAAUAUCAACCAGUCAUUGUGGUAAAGCCAGGUCAGAGGUCAGGUCAGACUUCUGAAAAGAGAGGAGCCUAUGUUAAACUAAAUCAGGCAAAUGAUAUGCCACCAGGCAACCAAAUCAGCCCAUAUGCGGCCUCUCCUGUGGCCACGCAGUCACCAAGCACAUUCUCAGGAAGUGGAAACUUGUAUGCUGUUAGUCCUGUAAAGUCUGGGAGUCCCAAGACAGACUUGGUCAAUGCUGCUGAUUCAGGCUACCUAGAAAUGAACAGUAUCCACUCUACCAAUAGUCAGGAUGGUCAGGUCAAAAGUUCUCUGGGAGCUCAACUGGGGAGUGUGCUGUCAUUGGAGUCAGAGGAGUCUUUCAAUUUUACAGGAAGUUAUGUAAGCAUGGCAAGUCCAUGCAGUUCACCAAAUCUUUCUAAUUUGGAUGUUCCUAUGGUAACAACACCCACAGGUUCAAUGGACUCAUUACUAGAACAACCAAGUAGAGACAAGGGCUUUAUAAGUAUUGAUGAAUCAAACCUAAGCACUACAAUGGAAACUGUGGCUAUAUCUACUAAUUCCUUCUCAUCAUUUGGUGGAAGUGAAAAUGAGAGGUCAUUCAGUACAUUUUCAGGUCCUCCUCAACCUCCCCUGUCCUCCACCCCACAUACAUCAAAUCGCUUCCAACCACCUCGUCACAAUCAGGCUCCACUUACACAGCAAUAUACUCAACGCAAAAACCGGACUGUUUCUCCACAGCAACCAGCACUCCCAGCAAGGGUUCCUCUAGAUCAACCCAGGAAGUCUGGCACACAGCAACAGCCAUAUAGUUACAAAUUACAAUCCUCACCUUCAAAAUCACGUCGUAGCCCACAAACAAAUCACUAUCAAAAUAAUGCAAUGAAAAAACCAGAAAACUAUCAUCCAUUAGCACAGAAAAGUGAUAGGAAGUCUGUAUCCACUCCGUACCUUCAGAAAAAUACAAUGUCAUCGUCACGUUCAUUCCCAUCAGACAUGACAAAAUAUGCUGCUAAGGACACAAGUUCAUCAGAAUCUUUAAGUACGCGUCCUGGGCGACCUCGUCAGAAUGCAUCAGUGAGGAGGUCCAGUGCAGGGACAGCAUCAUCUUGUAGUGUUCUGCACAGUGGUUCAGAUUCGGACUCCAGCAGUAAUGUUAACAGUCGUAAUGAUUCUUAUCGUGUUGCAAUGGUGAACCCAAGUAGGAACAGUUCUUACAGGGUGGCAAUGAAGGAGAGUAAGAGUUGUCCUUCCUUACAGAACUCUCAAAGGAUCAGGCCAAGUCCUGUACUGUCUCAAUCUUCUCAUCCAAGUGGUCAUAAUAAUGCUAGUCAAGUAUUAACUCAAAGUUCAUAUAAAAAAGGAACCACUUCCCAACUUCCUGCUGAGUACUUUAUGCCCCAAACAGAUCCCGAGGACUUCAAUAGAACAGAUUCCUACAGAUAUGCUGUCAGGAAUACGCAUGGUGUUGUGUCUGAGGACCAAACCGGAAGGAAUUCCUCCUACAGAGUGGCUAUGAAAGAGAUGGACUCUUUGAUCCCUGAUAACCCCUUGAGUGGUGUUCACUCCGUACCCGCUGGGGGUCGUGACAUGAGAAGAAUGGGAAUCACUGAUGUAGAUCAGGUGAAGGGUAUUGCUGGGUCAUCUAAGUCACUCAAACCUUCUGAAUCCACCAGUAGUGUACAAGUCAAACUUAGACGUUCCACCAAAAAGGGGGAUGUUGAUCCCAUUUCAGUGCUGUCUAGUAUGGAAAGUGGAAGCUCACACAAGACAAACAAAAAUCGUCACAGCACAUCAUCGACCUACAUCAGGUUUGAUCCUAUCUUUGAGGACAAAGAAGACAUUACAGGUUCUAUGGACUCUCUCCGAGACCCCUCGAUGGGCUCACUCAAAGUGGCUGACUCCUCUGGUGAAAUGUCAUUUUAUGGCGGUGACAGUUUUUAUGGAAACAGUAAACCUAAAGUGAAUGCAUUGAGUAAUGGACGGCCAAUAGGUUCAAAUGCCAACGAGAAAAGUUCUUCAUCACUCUUCAGUAAUGUGAAAAAUUUUGUGAAACAAAAAUCAGGUAGUAAAAAUUCCUCUCCAGCUGUAAUAGAAGAUGAUUAUAGGUUUACUAUGGUGUGA